AUGGUUAGCACAUCCUCCAAACCGGCCGGCCGCGCCGGGUACCGGUCGAGAUGGGCCCAAGUGAAGGACCCGCUCCUCGACGUGCUUCAGCGCAUGUACUGGGACGGGGUGGCGCGCGAGAUGGCCUCGGCACUCGUCGCCUUUGCCAAAAUAUGUCAGCUCCACCCCGAGAGCCUGCCAGAGGAGACAGUGUCCACCCGCGAACUCGUGUCGGCGCGGCUGCCUAAGCUGCAGAGCCUGUGGGACCCGACCAUCGGUAGGGAGAUUCAGGAGAGCGGCAACAUCAGGUACGGGCCCUCGACCAUACGACGGAGCCGGACCGGCGUCGAGAACCUCGGAGUCUUUGAGCGCGACGCCCCCAACCUGACCCGCCGCGUGGCCCACGCCAUGCGCAUCGACCCGCGCGAGAAGCGGGCGCGGGCGCUGCUGCAGGCAACAGGCCUGCUGGACGUCGACAUUGCCAGCGAAUACCGCGACCCCGUCUUGUCGUGCCUGGCGCCGCCGCCGCAGUUCGACGCCCUGCCCCACGUGCUGAUCACCCGCCAGUGCUCCGAGUGCCGCUGGCCGAUCCGGUCGUACAGCUUCUACGAGUGCGCCGAGGGCUGCACCGACACCAAGGGCUGCACGUCUGACCGGGCGCCAGCCGACGCCGACGCCGAAGCCCCAGACGCAUCCUUGCAGCGCAACCAGUUCAUGCUGCUCGGGCACAGCGAGGCCGGGCGCAAGGCCGUCGAGCGCAGCCUCAGGCAGCCGACGCCCUUCCGGCUCUGUCCGGCCUGCCUGCACAACACCGAGCGGCCCGUCGACCACCUGCGCGAGGUCGUGGCGUUUCCCGACACGGACAGCGACGACGCCAAGGCGUUUGCGCGAGAGCUCGAUGCGUGGGAGGACCGCAAGCGCGGCCAGACAGCGCACGGGCGCUCGCUGCAGAGCGUCGACGGCGCGGGCGCCGUGGCGCUGCAGAGAGAGACUCGGACACCGUCGAGGCGCGUCUUCCCCGACGGUAACACGCACGCGACGCUCAUGUUCGGGCCGCUGCUGAUCGAGAACGGCGCAAGCGCGGGCGCGCUCAUCUCGCUGCGCAGCCCGCCGGCGCUCGGCGUCGACACGGCGCCCGAGAUGGACCGCUACCUGGCGCGCGACGACGACUUGGAAAAGGUCAAGCAUGGGGUCGUCGUCACCUCGGUCGAGUACAAGCUGGCCGAGGACAGGGCGCUGUUCACGCGGCGGCGGAGCAAGCCGCGGCACCGGCUGGUGCGGUGCGAGAAGCAGAUCGCCGGGGGGCUCUUCACGGGCCACGACGACACGUGCGUCGAUGAGGAGGACGAAAUUGUGCGCUGCUUCCUAACGCGCGCCAACGACUGGCGAGCCGUUACAAAGUCCCGCCGCCCCACCCAGAAGCAGCGCCUCGAGAAGCUGCACGCGUUUGCCGCCGAGAUCCGCGACAUGAUCAGAGCCGGCUUCGAGCACCGCGCCGACCACUACCUCGGCACGUUUGCGCGGCGACUGUCCGACACGGCCAUCAAGCUCAACUCUAGCCUGAUACUCAAUAACUGCCAGAUGUUCUGCAACAACAUGGUGUUUCGCAACGACACGGACUCGAUAUACUUUCACCGGCAGUUCCCGUUCAUGAUGCCGAUGGGCCGGAGGGACCUGAGGCUGCCGGCGUACCUGAUGAGCUUUGCGCGCGACGCGCCGCACGGGGCCGUGGACAUGGCCAACCGCGGCAUCGCGCGGCUGGGCCGGCUGCAGUCGAGCAUGCAGCUGCACGGAUGCAUGGCGCACAACCCCGCCGACGCCAUCGACCACGCCGCGAGCGUGCGCUACAAGAUCGACGCGGCCGGCCGCUCCGUAUGGGCGUCGUCGUCAGCCUCCAACACGUGCCACGACGACAUCCUGCUCAAGGCCCCCAACACGACGUGCACGACCGAGCCUCGGGGCACCGGCGGUCACGCCUGCACUCUCGCCGAUCAUCUGCUCGACUGCCCGUUUGACAACCUGUGCGUGCUGACGCUGCAUACGCACCGCGACAUGCGGUACUAUGCCUCCGCGCCGAGUCAGGACCGCGAUGGCACCGUGCAGCAGGGGAGGCAGCUGACGAGCGCGACAGCGGGCGAGCGCAGGGAGUGGUUGGCGAACCGCUUGCGGGUGUUGCACCGGACGUACGCGCUCAAUACGUUCCUCGCCGAGAUAGUGCGGGCAUACGGCGCCAUGUUGCGCGAUUCGCUACCAAACGACGGGCGGUGGUUGCCGCCCCUCAUCGCGCGCAUGUACUGGGAGCCAGGCAGCGGCGCCGAGCAUGGGCGGGCGUGGUGGUACCAGAAGGCCUCCGGGCCCAGCGUGUAUACUAGGAACACGGAAGACGCGUGGCCCGCGUGGACGCAUCUCAAGCCUAAGGAGCGCGCCCGCGCGCUGGAGCUGACCGUAGUCCGCGACGGGCUGGCGCGGGACAGCGCGCUGCGGGCCGCAUGGCGGCGUGUUGCUGCGGCGGUGCGGCGCGGCGCGGCGACGCCCGAGGCGGCUGGGUCGUGCUGCUGCGAGGUGUGUCUAGGCAUCGAGGGCGAGGUUGUGUGUCGGCGGGCGCUCGGCGCUGAGGCCGUGGCCGCGGCGGCUGCCGUGGCGGUGGCGGCCAGUGACGCGCCCUCCCGAGACUCGCUAAAGCAAGGAGUCCAGGGGCUGCAGAGCUGGCUGCGGUCCGAGGCGGGUCUGGCAGCGGACGGGUCUGGCGAGUUGGAGGACCUCGUCCGGCGGGCGACCGAGUUGCUCAACAAUAAGAAUAAGCAGGUUGGGGAGGGGCGGGAUGGCCGGGUGCCUGCCAAAGCAGACACUCGAGGGGGGCGAGGGAUUGUGCAGACUGGCCGUCUGCCAGAGGAACAUAAGACGUGGAUCUGA